CCGCACCUCUUACCCUCACAGAACUACACUCUUCUUUCUAUAUUUUUGACAUUUGACCUGACCAUAGCAACAAUGGCAGACCCGUCCUCGUUCCAGCGGGCCAACGAAGCAGUUGCCCAUCUCAGAAAUACCUUACCAGAAGGCCUGCAAAAGCCGCAGGUCGCAAUUGUAUGUGGUUCAGGACUAGGAGGACUCGCAGAUACGAUUCACCCUGAUCUACGAGCUGAAUAUGACUACGGAUCUAUUCCUCAUUUCCCACGCUCAACAGUUGCUGGACAUGCUGGGAAGCUGGUCUUUGGGUUCCUUGGCCAGAAAAUCCCUGCAGUGUUGAUGGUUGGCCGUGCCCAUUACUAUGAGGGACACUCGAUUGAUCAAGUGGCAUUUCCAAUUCGCGUGUUCAAGCAGCUGGGAGUUGAUACGGUUGUCUUGACGAAUGCGGCCGGUGGCCUUAAUUCUGAUUACUCCGUGGGAGAUUUGGUUUUGCUGAAUGAUCAUCUGUUCCUAGCGGGAUUGGCAGGAACCCAUCCACUGAGGGGACCCAACGAGGAAGAGUUUGGAGUGCGUUUCCCACCCUUGUCUGACGCUUAUGAUCUCGAGCUGCGUCGCCACGUGCAUCAAGCAUGGAAGACAGUCAUAUUCCCAGAAAGCAACAGAAAGUUGCACGAGGGUGUAUAUGCAUUCGUCGGAGGCCCCACUUACGAAACGAGAGCCGAAAGCCGAAUGCUUCGAAUGCUCGGGGCCGAUGUGGUCGGUAUGUCCACAGUACCUGAGAUUGUCGUCGCCAGGCAUUGUGGCCUCCGACUGCUUGCCUUCAGUCUAGUCACCAACAAGGCCGUGUUGUCUCCUGUUCCUAGGGGAGACGAAGAUCUUCUCCAGGGCAAAGCAGCAGACGAGCUGACUGCCAUACUGGAAGAGGGCAAGGCAGGCCAUGAAGAAGUUCUGGAGGCAGGCCGUGCGGCAGCCCUUGAUAUGCAGAAAUUGGUUGUCCAAUCCCUGGUAAAUGCCUUUCAUCAAGCCUAGUGGCGCACAUAGAGGUUCAAGCACAUAGACGUUCAAGCACAUAGAUGCCUGCGCGCCCACAAAUGGGACGGGUGGCCAGUCAUAUGUAUACAUCACGGGGGUGACAAACCAAGUCCAGAAUACUGGAAUGGCCAGGGUCAAAUGGUU